AUGAUUUCGAAGUCACUGCUCCACUAUGCGACUCUGGUCGUAACGACUACUGCAAGCAUAUGUCCUAUUCUCGGACCCGUCUUUCCUGCUCCUAGGGAUCUGUCAUCAUCUGUUGCUUUUCAAGAUGCAUUGAAGGGCCUGCAGCUCAAGCUUGACGAAGCGUUCAUGGUCGGCAACACUACACAUGGACGCGUCAACCCAAAUGAUACUUUCUCCAUUCAAGUAUUUUCGACGGAAUCGGAGGAACCUCUCUUCGACUAUCACCGCCGCGGACCCGCCGUUUUGGGCAACAGAACCGUCGACGGCGAUUCCAUCUACCGCAUUGCCAGCGGUUCGAAGUUGAUCACUGUCUAUCUGCUUUUGCUUGAAGCAGGCGAGGUGGUCUUGCGCGACAAGGUGACGGAGUACCUACCUCAACUUGCGGGUGUAUCGAUCUGGGAUGAAAUGACCGUGGGAGCACUCACAGGUUAUCUAGGAGAUAUUGUCGGCGAUCUUUAUGAAGUUUCCUCCAUACCCGGUGGCGAUCUUGCUGCAGCUUUUCCAGGUGCAUUCCCGCCCCUGACUGAGAACGAGAUAUCUGGAUGCAACUACUUAACCGGAUGCACAAGUGAGACCUUCUUACAAAAUCUCAAAGGCAGGCCCUCGGCUUACUUGCCGAACACUACACCAGCAUACAGUAACACUGGCUUUGCGACGCUGGGUCUGAUUGUCGAGGCAGUGGCAAAUUCUACCUUCGAAGAGGUCCUUCGCAAGCGACUUGUAGCACCCCUACGUCUGACUGGUACCACGAUCUCUCAGCCAAAGGAUUUGACGAAUGCGGUCAUCCCAGGGAGCGAGAGCCGUUCAGGAUGGAACUAUGACCUAAGCGACACACCUAGUGCCGCCGAGGGUGGUCUUUUCAGCACCCCCAACGACAUGUCUGCAAUUGGUCGCGCAAUCUUGUCUUCUUCGCUCCUACCAAACGCGACAACACGGUCAUGGUUCAAACCCACCGGCCUUACGUCCUCGCUCAUCGGUGCUGUCGGACACGGUUGGGAAAUAUAUCGUGCAUCGUACCCAGAGCACAACCGUGUGAUCGAUCUGUAUGUGAAGGGGGGAAAUCUUCCCGGCUAUGGAUCAAACUUCAUCCUGAUCCCGGAUUUCAAUGUGGGAUUCAUCAUGAUGAUGGCUGGUCAGAGGGGCAGUAUCUCUACGCCAGUUGCAGCGUUGAUCAUUGACGAAAUCCUGCCAGCACUGGACGAGGCCGCGAGAGUACAAGCCGACGCUGCACUUGCUGGGACAUACGCUGCUUCAAAUGGGCUGAAUUCAACAGUCAAGAUUUCGUCGACGCCUGGCAUUCCAGGACUCACCAUUGAAGAGUGGGUCAGCAACAGCACUGAUAUGCACGCGAUAUUUGUGCCGCCGACGGAAUUGUUCCAGAUGUUUCCCACAAACAUCGUGAGUGAGGAUGGCAAGCAGGUCUCGUGGAGAUCCACAUCUGUUUUUCUCCCAGACACAGGGUCGCCAUUGGACGCUUGUGCUUCCUGGGUCGCUAUCGAUCGGCCCACCUACGGUAUAUAUGGUCUAGAUGAAUUUGUCUUCCACUUAGGUGACGACGGCAAAGCUCAUGCUAUUGAACCUAGGGCAUUGAAGAUCGUGCUAGAGAGGGUUUGA